AUGGAGGGUAAUAAUAACCGUCUCUACCUCAACAUCGGUAACCAAAACGAUCGUCUGGGUCCCGGCGGCGACCGACAAUAUCCCACCACGCCUUCUACCUUUCCUCAGCCCGUCUUCCCUCACCAAGGCCAACAGCAGCAGCAGCAGCACCACCAACAAGCCGGCGGUAUGCAGCACCAACAGCAGCAACACCCGGGGCAGCAGCAGCAACAGCAGUAUGCGACCGGUUAUGCUCAACAGGGCUACUUCCACCCGAGCCAGCAGCAGGGCCAAUAUCCUCCCCAGGGCCACGGCGACUACAACGCGGGCUAUCAGCCUCGAUCCAACACCCCGGGGACCAAUGAUCCCAAUGUCGGUCUCGCCCACCAAUUCUCUCACCAAAACCUAGGCGGCGCUGCUCGGGCGUCGCCCUACGGUUCCCGUGGGCCCUCGCCCGCUCAAAGACCUCGCACUGCCGGUGCCUCGGGACAGACGCCUCAGGGUUACGGACACUAUGCGACGCCGCCGAUGCCGAACCAGCAGGCAGCUCCCGUCGAGGUCUUUGCUCCUGCUCCUGAGCGACUCUACGAGAAGUACGGCCCGAACGCCAACAACAACCAGAAGAAGUGUACCCAAUUGGCAUCCGAUUUCUUCAAGGACAGCGUCAAGCGUGCUAGAGAACGCAACCAGAGACAAUCCGAGAUGGAGGUGAAGCUUUCCGAGCCUGGCCAGAGCCAGCAAAGGCGCGAGCAGAUUUGGUCCACGGCCGGUCGCAAGGAGGGCCAAUACCUGCGAUUCCUACGAACCAAGGACAAGCCCGAGAACUACAACACCAUCAAGAUCAUCGGCAAGGGCGCUUUCGGAGAAGUCAAGCUGGUCCAGAAGAAGAACGAUGGCAAGGUGUACGCCAUGAAGUCUCUGAUAAAGACGGAGAUGUUCAAGAAGGACCAACUUGCCCACGUCCGUUCCGAGAGAGAUAUCUUGGCCGAGUCAGACAGUCCCUGGGUCGUCAAGCUCUUUACGACUUUCCAGGACUCUUACUUCCUGUACAUGUUGAUGGAGUUCUUGCCCGGAGGUGACUUGAUGACCAUGCUGAUCAAGUACGAAAUCUUCUCUGAAGACAUUACGCGCUUCUACAUUGCCGAGAUCGUGCUUGCGAUUGAGGCAGUCCACAAGCUGGGCUUCAUUCAUCGUGAUAUCAAACCCGAUAAUAUUCUACUGGACCGCGGAGGUCACGUCAAGCUUACCGAUUUCGGACUCUCGACCGGUUUCAACCGCUUGCACGACAACAACUACUACCAACAGCUGCUGCAGGGCCGAUCUAACAAACCGCGCGACCGUAACUCUGUUGCCAUUGACCAGAUCAACCUUACCGUCAGCAACAGAUCCCAGAUCAACGACUGGCGUCGGUCGAGAAGACUGAUGGCCUAUUCCACCGUCGGAACGCCCGAUUACAUCGCUCCCGAGAUCUUCACAGGUCACGGCUACACCUUCGACUGCGAUUGGUGGUCCCUGGGCACCAUUAUGUUUGAGUGCUUGGUUGGAUGGCCUCCUUUCUGCGCCGAGGACAGCCACGACACAUACCGCAAGAUUGUCAAUUGGAGACACACGCUGUACUUCCCUGAUGAUAUCCAGCUUGGUGUGGAAGCCGAGAACCUGAUUAGAAGCUUGAUCUGUAACACAGAGAACCGCUUGGGUCGCUCGGGCGCCCACGAAAUCAAGCAGCACUCAUUCUUCAGAGGAGUUGAGUUCGAUAGCCUGCGUCGCAUCAGAGCGCCUUUCGAGCCUCGCUUGACUUCAGCCAUCGAUACCACGUACUUCCCGACCGAUGAGAUUGAUCAGACUGAUAACGCCACGAUUCUCAAGGCUCAGGCCGUUCAGCAAGCCCGCUCGGGUGUGCCAGCGGUGGUCGAGGAGUCUCCCGAGAUGAGCUUGCCCUUCAUUGGAUACACCUUCAAGCGGUUCGACAACAACUUCCGAUAA